GAAACCAGAUACCUCCCUGACAGUUCUCAAACGCGGUAGCUAAUACCACAAGCAUUUGGGGAUCUCGAUUGAUGCAACUGCCCAGCUGAAAGCGAUAGGAAAUUGUCCCAACAAUAGUACUUAGCGUUCGCUCCUUACGGAAUUUGAAAAGAACAUCGACUUCACUGAAGAGGGAUAUUUUACAUCCAUAGCUAGCUAGCAAAUAAUCCAUUUAUUUACCACUAGCUCUCUAUCUUAGUGAAAGACAUGUAGCUAGCAUUUUUUUCUAUUUUAAAGGGAUAGCUUUGGAAUUAUUUUUCCACGGUGAUCUACAUUGCGCUGUGACUAGUUAUCCCGCUGGAUCUUGAGGUUCUUGUCUUCUCACCCCGCGUGUCAGAGAAUCCUUGCUCGUUGACCCGGCAACCAGACCAUUUCUUCUAGACGCAGUGUUGUAAGGUUAUUGUUAACGGGGUUUUUUUGUUCAUCAGAAGAACGACAUUUGAAAGCACAUGCACAUGUCAGGCAAAAUUGACACCUUUAGAAACGGUAAAUUUGGUAAUCUUGGAGGAAUUGGGUGAUGCUAAAUUAUGUUUUGCGUGGACAAUGCUAUGAGAUGUGACUCGAUUGGAAUAAAGGUACACUGAUUUGCCAAUCAUCCGCAACGCUGAAAGCUUCUCCGGACAUAAUCAUGACGAGGAGUUUAAGAAGACUCGUGCAUUUAGUGUUGUUUUGCCCAUUGUCGAAAGGCUUACAGAGUCGUCUCCCAGCCAUCAAGGUGAAGUACCUAUUCCUGGCGUGGCUGGGUAUCCUCGUGGGAAGCUGGGUGAUUUACAUGCAUUACUCAACCUACUCCGAGCUCUGCCGUGGACAUGUCUGUCACAUGGUCAUAUGUGACCACUACAGGAGGGGAAUCAUUUCUGGCUCAUCCUGCAAGUCCCUGUGUGAGCAGAACACCCUGACACUGCAGAGCUGCAUGUCCACCUCCCCCACCCAUCAGGUGUAUGGUGGAGUCUGGAAGGAGAAGCCAGUGAUUAUAAAGUGUGGUAUUGAGGAGACACUUAGGGGUGAUGGGAGUCCGGACUCUGUGCUCCGACAAGAGAUGACACUCUUUGAUAAACCAACCCGGGGCACGUCCAUGGAUGAGUUCCGAGAAAUGCUUCACAAUUUCCUCAAGUCAAAUCUGGGGGAGCAGCCCUCACUGGGAACGCUGGUGGGACGCAUCAUCACCCUGGCUGAUGUCAACCAGGACGGGAAGGUGUCUCUGGCGGAGGCCAAGUCGGUGUGGGCCCUGCUCCAGGUCAACGAAUUUCUCCUAAUGGUGGCACUGCAAGAGAAGGAGCACACACCGAAGCUACUGGGCUUCUGUGGCGACCUGUACGUCACAGAGCGUGUGGGCCACAGCUCCCUCUACAGGCUGGAGGUUCCGCGGUACCUGCAGCCGCUGGUCCCCACCGCCCUCAGCACCAGCUUGAACCAGUGGCUGGCGCCGGCCUGGCCCCGGCGCGCCCGCAUCACCAUCGGCCUCCUGGAGUUCGUGGAGGAGGUGUUCCACGGCUCCUACGGCAGCUUCUUCAUGUGCGACGCCAGCCCGCGCCACGUGGGCUACAACGGCAAGUACGACUGCAAGAUGGCCGACCUGCGCAGCGUGGCCUCGGAGAUGGCGGUGCGGGGUUUCCUGAAGGGCCGGCGCUGCGAGACCAACAUCGACUGCACCUACGGCAAGGACUGCACGGCCACCUGCGACAAACUGGUGAAGCAGUGCAACACCGAGGUGGUGCAGCCCAACCUCGCCAAGGUAUGCCAGCUCCUCCAGGAGUACCUGCUCUUCGGGGCCCCGCCCGACCUGCGGCAGGACCUGGAAAAGCAGCUACGCACCUGCGUGACGCUCAGCGGUCUCGCCAGCCAGAUGGAAGUGCACCACUCCCUUGUCCUCAAUAACCUCAAGACCCUUCUGUGGAAGACGAUCUCCAACACAAAAUACUCCUGAAGCACAACGAGGUCCCCACUAGACCCCCCUCACUCUUUUCAGGAUUUUUUUAUAAAGACAGCUGAUCAUCUGUAGUAUUACCAUUAUUAUACACUAAAAUGAAAAUGUAUUAAAUUCAGCAGCUCCCCCAUUUCAUCAUACAUUAAGUUAUUCGCCAGAAUAUUUUGAAGGGAAAAAUGAACUAUCCUUUUUUGUGAACUAGAGGAAUUGCAAGAAAAGUGCAUUAUUCUAGAUUGAUCUCUUUUUUCAACUAACAACCUUAAGUGUUGUUUUUUUAGUGUUUGUCAAAGGAAAAACCAUGAAUUGUUUUUGAUUAACUAUCUGUUAAGCUUCCUCAGGGCCAUGCCUGUAUGGUGUUUAUUUAUGGUCUUGGUAAAGCAAAGCCUUUAGUUUCCAUAAAAUGUAUAACAAUGGACAAA